AGAUUUAGGAUCUUGGGAAGACGGACAAGAGAACCAAGCCUGGGUGUUAUCGAAACCUGCCAAGGUUCAGCCUAGUAAUAAGCCUCAUCCAGUGAGUGGUUCGCCGAACCAUAGAGUUCUCCUGAACGAUGUGACACUGAUCUCUGUCUCUGACAGGCAAAGACUCUACUUGUCGCCGACUUUGAGACCACUUCAACCAGCAUGACAUGGUCAUUGGUAGAACUUGCGCGCAAUCCAGACAUGCAGACGAAGCUUCGCAACGAGUGUCUAGAGUUCGGGGCAACCCCAACAUAUGACGAUCUCACGAAUAAGCUUCCCUACCUGGACGCUAUAGUCAAUGAAGUUCUUCGCCCGCACGCACCAGCCAAGGAAAUUCCACGAUCAGCUAUGCAAGAUGGCGUGAUCCCGCUCAGCCAGCCCUUGCGCACGGCUAACGGAAAUUAUACCGACAGUGUAUACAUACCAAAGGGGACAGUGGUUGUAAUCCCGCUCGUCGCACUCAAUUGCUCAGUUAGCUUGUGGGGGCCUGACGCAAAGGCGUUCAAACCUUCCCGAUGGCUCGAAGAGGAUAUGGGCACGCACGGUAAAGAAGCACUGCAUGGCUAUCGUCAUCUAAUGACAUUCGGUGAUGGCGCGCGGAUCUGCCUAGGGAAGGUAUUUGUGUUGACAGAGGUCAAGGCCGUACUGUUCGUCCUUGUGCGAAACUUUGUGUUUGAGAUGGAAAGCCCUGGGAUGAAGAUGGUGGAGAGUUUUGGGCCUAUAGCAAGAUCGGGGGUGGCUGGGAGUGCUGAUCCUGAACGUGUGCCCCUCCGGGUGCGCCGCUAUGAGGUUUGAUUGAUCAUUGCGGUCUGCGGUUAUGUACCAUUAAAUUGUCAAUCUUGGGAUAUGUUUAUAUACAUAGGCUGGGGGAAUAUUGAUUUUUGCUCAUU